AUGGGAGCGAGGAGUGGCAAUGACAUGAUUGAAGCAAAGAACCUCGUCAUCACCUAUCACCGCAACAGGAUGUCUAACAUAAGAAACAUAAACAACCACAAAACUGGGUCGAUGCAUAUGAUGCCGCAUUUAGAGCUUCAUUCCGCCGUUUUCAGCAAAACAGUUACCCGCUCGCCGAAAUUCGCUUCGACCUCGCCGCGGGAACAAAACUUUGGAAAGGAUUUUUUUCCAAGCUGCGGCGGCGAGGAUCAGACAGGAUGGCCGACCAGCGGAGUCGAGAACAUCGUCUUAUUUGCGGACAGUACCUUGGAGAAGUUUCAGCUCUAUCCUUCCUUCAUCUGCCGACUGACUUCUCUUCUCUUCCCCUGCUACUCGCCGGUACAUUUACCUUCUCCGGAUUUGAAAGGAAGGAGAAUAGUGCUUUUGAGAACCAACUUCUUAACCUCCUUCCCGUUUGUCCAUACAGGUUCCGGUUCUCAGCUUCUGCUGUACGAUUUGGAGACGGGAAGUUUGAUCGGAGCUUUUCAAGUGUUCGAAGGGAUUCGCGUGCACGGAACUGUUUGUUCUCGGUUCUCUAUUCGCCCCAUAGGGAAGGAGCUCAGUUUCCGAGUUGCUGUGUUUGGUGAAAAGAGGGUAAAGCUGUUCAAUUUGCUUGUUCAGUUGGAAUCCAAGUCCCAAAGCCAGCUGCUGCUAGUGGAUUUGGCUUUAGUUCAUUCGUUGCCAAGGUUUAGUCACUGGGUUUUGGAUGCAUCCUUUUUGAAGAGCAAUGCAGCCGUUUCUCACGAUGAUGGGAGCUAUUAUCUUGCUAUUGGAUGCGGUGAUAACUCUGUUCGUGUCUGGGAUAUCCCCAAUUCUACUCUGAUAGUUGAUGUUCAGUCCCCUGAUAGGUGCCUUCUAUAUUCCAUGCGGCUAUGGGGGGACAGUCUGGAGACCCUACGAAUUGCUUCUGGAACUAUCUACAAUGAGGCAAGACAUUUGAUUAUACUGUUCAUCGCUAAUUCCAACUCCUUUGAGAUUAUCAUUUGGGGGCUGCUUCACCAGCAAACUUAUGAGGCAUCUCAUAUAGGUAAACUAAUAGGACAUGAAGGGUCAAUCUUCCGCAUAGCAUGGUCCGCUGAUGGGUCCAAACUGGUUUCCGUUUCUGAUGAUCGCUGUGCCCGUAUCUGGCGAGUUUCUUCUUCACAGGGGGAUUCGGUCGGUCAAGAGGUGGUAGCUGGCCCUGUUCUAUAUGGUCAUAGUGCUAGAGUCUGGGACUGCUGUAUCGUUGGAUCUUUAAUUGUCACAGCAGGCGAAGACUGUACUUGUCGUGUAUGGGACUUGGAUGGUAAACAGUUCAAGAUGGUCAAAGAGCAUAUAGGAAGAGGAGUCUGGCGAUGCUUAUAUGACCCUGAUUCAUCACUCCUUAUCACUGCUGGAUUUGACUCAGCAGUCAAAGUGCACCAGCUACCUUCUUAUUUACCUAGGGUUUUGGAAGGACAAAAUGACCUGAAAUUGCCAACGGAUGAGAAAGUAUUCACCGGUCAGAUUCCUAGUUCGUCUGAGCACAUCAAUCUGAUGGACAGCAAAAGUGAGUAUAUCCGCAACAUGUACUUAACUUCAGAGGACACCAUAUACAUUGCCACAAACCAUGGUUAUCUAUAUCAUGCCAAAAUUUCAGACACGGAAUACAAGUGGACUAAACUUGUCCAGGUCAGUCAAGAGGUGCCAAUUGUUUGUAUGGAUUUGCUGCCCAAAAAGUUGCCCAAACUUUCUUGUGGUCUUGAUGACUGGGUUGCUUUAGGAGAUGGUAAAGGAAACAUGACUGUUCUCAGAGUUAUUGGUGAUAUAUCCUCUCCGGAAGUGGGCCUCACCUACAAUUGGUCAGCUGGAAAAGAAAGACAACUCCUGGGAACUUAUUGGUGCAGGUCAUUGGGAUCUAGGUUCAUCUUUACUGCUGAUCCAAGAGGAAGCUUGCACCUAUGGAGGUUGAAUGAUCACUUACUAUCUGUGACUCAACCAUCUCAAAGACCUAGUGUGUCUCUUGUUGGAGAAUUUAUAUCAUGCUUUGGGAUUCGGAUAAUGUGCUUAGAUGCAUCAUUUGAGGAUGAGGUGCUUUUGUGUGGGGAUCUCCGUGGUAAUCUCCUUCUAUUUCCUCUUUUGAAAGACUUGUUGCUGAACGCGUCAAAUGGACAAGAAAUAAAUGUAACUCCAACAAGCUACUUUAAAGGCGCUCAUGGGAUAUCAAGUGUAUCCAGCCUGUCUAUGGCUAAAUUAAGUUCCGGAGAGAUCGAAAUACGUACGACUGGAGCUGAUGGUUGCAUAUGCUUUUUUGAAUAUGAGAGACAUCAGCAGAGCCUAGAAUUUAUUGGGAUGAAGCAAGUCAAAGAGUUGAGUUUGAUUCAAUCUGUGUCUUCUGAUCCUGCUUCAGUCAAUGACCUAUCUAACUGCCGCUACGCUAUUGGUUUUGCAUCCACGGAUUUCAUAGUCUGGAAUUUAACUACAGAAGCAAAGGUCGUGCAGAUUCCAUGUGGUGGUUGGCGACGUCCUCAUUCUUAUUUUAUUGGUGAUGUGCCAGAGGUGAAGAAUUGCUUUGCAUAUGUUAAGGACGAGCACAUAUAUGUUCACCAGAAGUGGGUACAACAGAAGAAGAUAUAUCCCCAGAACCUGCGUGUUCAAUUCCAUGGACAAGAGAUCCAUUCCCUGUGUUUUAUUUCUGUUCGAUCAAAUACUAAGCAUGCUCCUUUAGGACCUUUACCAGAUUCAAAUUGGAUUGCUACUGGCUCUGAAGAUGGAACUGUAAGAUUGACUAGGUAUAUCCCUGGAAUAGAGGGCUGGUCUAUGUCAAAAUUGCUGGGUGAGCAUGUUGGUGGAUCUGCUGUGAGAUCAAUAUGCACAGUGAAAAAUGUACAUAUGACUGCAUCAGGUGCUGCAAUUUGUGAUCAGAGAAACAAACAAGGUGUGCUUGCUGAGGACAGGGAGGAACCGUUUUUACUGAUCUCUGUUGGUGCAAAACGGGUCCUCACCUCUUGGCUGCUGAGAGAUAGGGGGUCUAAUGAAAAACAGACUUCUCUUCAAGAAGAAAGCGCUAACUCUGGUGAUUUAUACAUGCCAACUUUGGGAUCUUCCUCUUCCAUGUCAUUCAAAUGGCUUUCUACUGAUAUGCCAGCAAGAAACUCCAGUACUCAUCGCAAAGGAAAAGUAGAUAGGAAGUUAGGAGUUGAUGCUGAAAGCAAAACAAGUGUGGAAAUCAAUUUGGCAUCUGAAGCUAGCAUGCCUGAAAAAGUUGUUGCUGAAUCAAAACUUUGCUAUGAUGAUACAUGUGAAGAUGACUGGAGAUAUCUUGCUGUCACUGCAUUUCUGGUGAAGGAUACCAGUUCCGGGUUGACUGUCUGUUUUGUUCUUGUUUCUUGUUCAAAUGCGACGCUUGCUCUGCGAGCACUUGUCUUACCACAUCGGUUAUGGUUUGAUGUCUCAAUGUUGUUUCCUUUGACAUCCCCAGUAUUGUCCUUGCAGCAUGUCAUUGUCCCACAGCGGCUUCCAUCCAGUGGGAAUGUCUCUGUCAGAAAUGCUUAUGUUGCAAUUAGUGGAGCUACUGAUGGAAGCAUCACAUUCUGGGAUCUGACGGACAGCAUUGAGGCUUUCAUGCUGCAGUUGUCAUCGGUAGAUGAGGAGAAGUUGACAAAUUGCAGGACGAGGCCAAGAACAGGAAGAGGAAGUCAGGGUGGGCGCUGGUGGAGAUCAUUGAGCAGUAGAAUGUCUAACAAAGAUCAGAUGGUUGGCUCAUUUCCAAUCGAAUUGGGAUCUCAUGAGAAUGCCUGUGGAGAUACCCUAGAUGGUGCUGCCAAUGGGACAUCAACCCAUGUGAAGAAUGAUGUUAGUAGCUGCGGGAGAGUUUCUUCAGCAGUUGAAAAUGGGUCCCCUGAUGUAGAGUCAUGUGGUUUUAGCUAUUCGUCAGCCUCCAUUCAAGAAAUAUCUCCUUUACAUAUCCUACAUGGUGUUCACCAAUCUGGGGUGAACUGCCUCAGUGUCUCUGAUGUACUUGAAGAUCAAAUUUCUAACUCUGGUUUUCAGUUCAGUCUCAUAAGUGGGGGUGAUGAUCAAGCACUUCACUGUCUUAGGUUCUGCAUACCACUUGAACUAACUGAGGUGGAUUCCAAUGGAGUGAAAAACUCGGAUCAAGCUCUAAUGGAUUCUGUUGAUGACAAUCAAGUACAUAUCAAGCAGCACAGAAUAAGAUUCCUGGAUCAGAACAGAGUUACCUCAGCCCAUAGCUCUGCUGUAAAAGGUGUUUGGACAGAUGGAAAGUGGGUUUUCUCAACUGGUCUUGAUCAGAGAGUAAGAUGCUGGCUCCUAGAAGAUCACUGCAAAAUGGUGGAACAGAGUCAUUUGGUUGUUAGUGUUCCCGAGCCAGAAGCAGUAGAUGCUAGAGUCUCCAGCAACGGCGGCUAUCAAAUUGCAGUUGCGGGAAGGGGGAUGCAAAUCCUUGAGUUCCAUCCACAUUUAUCUUGAUAUAGAAUUGGAAGAUUUUCAUUGACCUCAAAGAAAGCUGCUGAAUUGUGGUGAUUCUGUGUGGAUAGGCAAUAAGCAUUAUAUCUGCCUGGAGAAUUCUCCUCGCCCUCGACCCGGCUCUCCUAUUGAAAGCUUAUUAUGUUGUAAGCAACCUCAUCUCUCAAGAAAUCAUGUAGUCAUUUAAAGGAUGAACUUUGCAGAGAGAAUUUCUGAAGGCAGCACCCUUAGUAGGGAUGGCAAUUUACCCACCCAUGGGUAAUUUUGCCCAAAGCCAAGUAGACCCAUUUAUUAUGGGUAGGGUUUGGGUGAUGUGUGUAUGGGUUUGAUGUGUGUAUGGGUUUGGGUUAGAUAUGGAUAUUAUCUAAAUGGGUAUUGGUUGGAUAUGGAUAUCCAUUUACUUGAGGGUGUUUUAACUACACAUGCAAAAAUUGGACCUAUUUGUAAAACUUGAAAAGUUUAGGUACCAAAAUGUAAGAC